AUGGUAGACGCCUCAGGGUCAAAUUUGGCACUGCGUUCAGAUAGCGGCCAAGAUCUCAAGUCAUACGAAGAAGAUCAGGUGUUGCCGCGUGAAACGAAAAACUCAGCUUCUUCUCCAUCUACUGGACACCUUCGUAAAAUAAACCUCAGAGCCAUGAUUCUUUGGUUCAUGAGUAAUCGGCACAGUGUUGCCCUGAUCAAUGAGUUGCAAUGCACAGACAGUAAGACGAUGGCUGUGGUUUUAGAGUCCUCGCGACAACACAAUCAGAAUGGAUUCGACCCAUCUUGUUAUGCCGCAGCUUCUCAUGACAUAUCCUCCAUCGAGAGUCCUGUAUUGGAAAAUUUGGGAGGGAUUUUUGAGCCGUCGGAAAGAGACGUGGUCACCGUCCUCGUCCUCCGUACAGCGAGGCGGCAUUGCGCAAUAUCUGAUGACGAAGCCUCCGCCUUCUUCCUACAUACUGCUGCUCUUCAGUACUUCCCGCUUGCAGCUCGGAGGCCGUCAAAUACCUCGGAGAACACCGCUCAGACCCUUAUUUGCUCCUUCACACAGAUUGCAGCUUCCCUACUCUGUAACAAGGACCUAUCUGAGCAGCUUGAUGUCUUGAAUCUCCCGGUCAAUCUUGCAGAUCUCCUCGAUGGGUUCUUGCUUGCUGCUAUAAUCCGAGAUGCCUGCCUUCGCAAUAUACUGCUAGCCAACAAAUCUGUCAAGAAGAAAUACGACAGCCUGCUUGAUACAUUCAUUGAAGCCCCCAAGAAUAGUCUUGAUGGAAUACUCCCCAUGAGUAUGACCACCGAUGUUCAGGUUUCUCGAGACUCGGCCCGGCAUCGCUACACAGUCCCUGAUUACGAUCAGACUGUUCUCCCCUUCAAGAAUGCCAUCUUCGACAAGCACCUUGCUCCCAUUGGACUGGAGUUGGAUGAAAAAAUUUCAGACGAGGCAACACAUGACAAUGCCAGAGUCUUCCAAGAACUAUCGCAUUGGCACAAUCAUAGAAAGACCCUUGCAUCGAAGACGGCGACGCAGAAGCUCGGUUAUUUUGCCCGCCGUAGGAACGAUUUGUAUAUGGCUGAAAUGCAUGCGUACGCAGCCAGCCUUACUAAUGCAGCUGGGAAGGUCUUGGAGCCUGAAAUUAUCGUUGCGAAUCAGAAAAUACAGCCAUCCAAACCACCGAAGGCUCUUGUAGUGUAUGCACCCGGCCGUUCGAACCAGCUCGAGAAAGGACGAUGUUCUAAAGGUGACAAAAAAACGAACAAACCAAUAAAGAAGAGCGGGAAGACUAUGGCUCUUGAGACGGCAGCCGCGAUUAAGGCAGCAAAGACUCAAUCUAAAGGAAACAUCGACGCUGCCUACUGGAGAGCGAAAUGUAAGGAGCUUGGUGGUCAAUUCAAUCUGCAACUUCGGUACCUCACAGCCCGGGAUUACUCUACAAAGUUAGGUUAUGACAGUUCGAUCAAGCCAGAGGUUGAGCUAUACACAAUAGACUGCCUACUCCGGAUCUGGAUGCAAUGUCAUGGAGACACAGCUGUAGAAUCUGGAGGAAGCUUUGCAGCUCUCAUUUGGAACACACUCCUGGAGUUGCUGAAGACGAAAUCAGGAAUGACACCAGAGAUCUCGGCUUCUCUAGAAGUGAUCUUGAAGGUCUUGAAACUCCCUGCGCUCAGAUACGAGGCGGAGGCUACUAGUCGGCCACUCGAAUUCACUUGCAUAUUCAACGAGGCAGAGAUCUCGAGAGCUUCUAUGUCUAUCUCGACAAUACGUAACAAACUACCCAUUCCAGGCGGUGCAAAGAUAUUUCAGUUGGAGCAUUGUGGACCGUAUCUUGAAAGGGAAAUUGGCUCAGCUAUAGACGAACGUGUUCCGUUUCGUCCCGAUGCAUGGCAACGCAAGGUUCUUGAUGCGAUUGAUGAGAACCAUUCUCUGUUCGUUGUUGCACCGACUAGUGCUGGGAAGACGUUCAUCUCCUUCUAUGCAAUGAAGCAAGUUCUCACGAACGAUGACGAUGGCGUCAUCGUCUACGUUGCACCGACCAAAGCUCUUGUCAACCAAAUUGCCGCUGAAAUCCAAGCACGUUUUUCCAAGUCCUUCAAACGGCCCGGGAAGUCAGUCUGGGCAAUUCAUACACGGGACUACCGAAUCAACAACGCUACCGGAUGUCAGAUCUUGGUGACCGUGCCUCAUAUCCUCCAGAUCAUGCUGCUAGCUCCCUCCAAUGCUGAGACGGAAAACUCUUGGAGCUACCGGAUCAAGCGGAUUAUAUUUGACGAAAUCCAUUGCAUUGGUCAGGCAGAAGAUGGUGUGGUCUGGGAACAAUUGUUGUUGCAGUCACCUUGUCCUAUCAUAGCCCUCUCUGCAACUGUUGGAAAUCCGGAAGAGUUCAGUGCCUGGCUUGGGUCAACUCAAGAAGCAAAUGGGAACAAGCUUGUCACAGUUGAGCACCACCAUCGAUACUCGGACUUACGUAAAUUCAUCUACGUUCCUCCAAAGAGGUUUUGCUUUGCAGGUCUACCAGAAAGCUCUCCUAUCCAUACACCAGGCCUAGACGGAAUGGAACCCUUCUGUUUCGUCCAUCCUAUCUCGAGCUUGAAUAUCAAGUCUCGAGGAAUGCCAAAAGACCUCCAUCUGGAGGCUCGGGACUGUCUUUGGCUCUGGCAAACGAUGGAAAAGCACGCAACAAAGGAGUACGAUGUACCCCCCAACCUCGGCCCAGGCGCACUUCCGGAUGUAGUUAAAAGGGUCCACAUCUUCGAAUGGGAGAAGAAUCUCAAGGCUAAGCUGCUAGAAUGGAUGAACCAAAAGGGCUCACCAUUUGAGAAAGUUCAGCAGGAUCUGAGCAAAAAGCUCGUUCAACCUACAACCCGCAACCUUUUCAGCACGAAACGCAUCUUCGGUGAUAAAUUUGGAGCUAGGGAUGUCAAUCCAGAGAGCCUUGCUUCGAUGAUUUUGCCAGCGCUUGCCGAUCUGCAUGCUAAGAACGCUCUUCCAGCCAUUGUUUUCAACUAUGAUCGUGGUCAGUGUGAAAAGCUGAUGAAAGAUGUGAUCAAGGAACUGGAGAUAAACGAGUUAGCUUGGAAAACCACGAGUACCUCGUGGAAAGAGAAACUUGCGGCAUUCGAAAUGUUCAAGAAAAAUCAAGAAGCGAUCAAGGCCAAAUCCAAAGAUGGAAAGAGCACAGGUAAAAUGAAAGCUAGGCGUGGAAACAGCAAGAGAGAAAAAGACAAUGAAGAGAGACUGUCGAAACUGGACCGUGAACGCGAAGCCGCCUCUGCAGAGCAUACCAAGUGGGAUGGUUUCGAUCCUCAUGCCCCAAUCAACGGCUUUCACUUCGCCAACAUGCAUAAAUUGCUGCAAUCAGAGCUCGACGUGUACAAGCAACAACUUCGUGAUCGAGGCAUCGCAGAAUGGCUCAUCAGUGCUUUGAACCGAGGCAUCGGUGUCCACCAUGCAGGUAUGAAUCGGAAAUAUCGUCAGGUGGUGGAGAUACUUUUCCGUAGAGGCUACCUACAAGUUGUAAUUGCCACUGGCACUCUUGCGCUGGGCAUCAAUAUGCCCUGUAAAACUGUAGUUUUCGCUGGAGACUCUGUCUUCCUUACCGCACUCAACUUCCGCCAGUGUGCUGGUCGAGCUGGUCGGAGAGGGUUUGACCUACUUGGGAAUGUCCUGUUUCUUGGAAUCCCUGUUGGAAGAGUAUUCCGUCUCAUGAGCUCAAGACUUCCAGAUCUAAACGGACAUUUCCCUAUCACAACAUCGCUGGUCUUGCGGCUAGCCACUUUGCUCCAUGGCUCAAGCAACUCCGACUUUGCAACUCGUACGAUCAACUCUAUCCUUUCCCAGCCUCGGCUCUACCUUGGCUCCCCCGAAUCCAAGAUGGCUGUUCUACACCAUCUUCGCUUCUCCAUCGAGUAUCUUCGACGCCAGUCCUUGCUGGAUCUUCAUGGUUCGCCAAUCAAUUUUGCUGGGUGUAUCACUCACUUAUACUACACCGAAAACUCGGCCUGGGCCUUUCACGUCCUCCUCAGUUCGGGCUACUUCCACGAUCUCUCUCGGGACAUCGAUUCGAAUCCCCAACACGUUUGCUCAACACUUAUGCUUGUGUUAUCACAUAUCUUUGGUCGGCAGCAAUGCAAACGCGUAGAUGGGGAGUUUGUCGAGGAGGUCGUGAAGCGAUCGCCUUCGAUCGUCUUCUUACCGCCAUUGCCGAAGAAAGCGGAGAAGACGCUUCGAGCUCAUAACAUCGAAACCUUAGCAAUCUUCCGCACUUAUGUCAAAACUUACGCGGACCAGCAUCUAAAAGAUCCGGAUGACGCGUUGCCACUGAGUAGAAUACGGAUUGGUCGGUCGGACGAGCAGUUCAACAUAACCCCAAAUGCGCAUCAGCACACAGUUCUUCGUUCCCCCUUCGUCUCACUCUCGGGCCAUGGUGACGAAUUUGAUAGUAUCUCCGAUCUCUGUGGUACAGUACGUUCGGGUGUCUUUCUGGAAGAGGCUGUUGUGCCAUACUUGCCCAUUCAUCCAGAAACUACAGUACCACUCAAUGCGUACUUAUAUGAUUUCUACAAGCAUGGCGAUCUGAAUGCCUUAGAGAAGGCAAACAAGAUCCGCAGGUCCGAUGUCUGGUUCCACCUGAACGACUUCUCACUCGUCCUCGCAACGAUCAUAACAGCUUUGACCAACUUCAUGAAACCCUCCUCACCAUUCGAAGCAGACGCAACUGAUCUGAAAGGCAGUGGCGACGUGUACGAGGAAUCAAAGGACGAUAGUUUGACAGUCGGAAGCGACGAUAAUGCAGGACAAGAAGGCAAAGAUUCAGCCUCAACCACCGUCUGGGCUCCAAUCGGUGUUUGGGACGAUGAGGAUGAUGAGCUGGAAGAUUGGGACGAUGUAAACAUGCGCCUACCACAGGUAUUAAAAGCGUUUUCAUGUCUGAAGGGGGAGUUUGAUGGUAAAUUCAAGCAGAUGUGGGCUUAG